GGCGGCGGCGACGGCAGGCGGCAGCGGAGCAGUGCUCCGCGGACCAUGUCUUCUUCGGCCGUGGCGGCGAGGGGUUCCCCGGGAAGGAGUCAGCAGAUGGCCCCCGGGCCACGGAGCCGGGGCCGGUUGUGGGAAGUGGGCGGCGGCGGCGGCGGCGACGACCGGCUGGAGCGCGCGGCCGCCGAGCCGGGGCGCUGGGAGCUGCUGCUCCGCCGCGGCGAGCUGCUGGCGCUGGAGGGCCACCUGAAGGGAGCGCUGGAGGCGUACGCGGCGGCGCUGCGCCGCGGGGCCCCGGCCAGGCCCGAGUGCCUCGGCGCCCUGGUGGACUGCCUGGUCUUCCACUACCGGCUCCGCCACGGGCUGGGCUGGAGCGCCGCCCCGGCCGCGGGCGCCGGCGGGCUGCUCAGCUGCCUGGGCUGCCGCGGCUUCCUCAGCGAGCCGGUGACCGUGCCCUGUGGCCACAGCUACUGCCGCCGCUGCCUGCGGAGAGAGCUGCGCGCCCGCUGCCGCCUGUGCCGGGACCGGCUGCCGCCCGCCGCCGCCCCGAGCGCUCCGGAUGCCGCGAGCACCCCCGGCCCGCGGCCGCCGCCUCUGGCCGCCGCCGCCAUCGCCGCGUCCGACUUCCGAACCAGCGUCGUCCUCAACCACCUGGCCGAGAAGUGGUUCCCGGGCCAGCGCGAGCGGGCGCGGGCGGCCGGCCGCCUCGGGGAGCUGCUGCACCAGGGACGUUACCGGGAGGCCCUGGCCGCCGCCUGCGAGGCGCUACGAGCAGAGCCCAAUGACCUGACUCUAAAAAUUUACAGAGCAGAAUCCUAUGCUGGCCUCCAGGAGUUUAAGGCAGCCAUAGAAGACUUAAAUGGGGUUCUCUUUCAACUUCCAAAUUGGCCUGAGGUCUACUUCAGGAAAGGGAAAAUACUCCAGGAUGCUGGCUUUUUAGGUGAUGCCUUACAACUCUUUCUUCAGUGCUUAGCCCUUGAUGAAGAUUUUGCACCUGCAAAGCUACAAGUAGAAAAGAUUUUAUGUGAUUUAUUAUUGCCUGAAAACUUAAAAGAAGGCCUGAAAGAAUCUUCCUGGAGUUCUUUAUCAUGGAUUAAAAAUAGACCUUCUAAUUUUUCUUCAGUAAUUCAAGCAUCUCACUCUCCUAGUGACAUUAGCUUAAAACAGAAUGAAGAACCAGAGGAUCCUUCAGAGACUGUCAAAGGAAGCUUAAAUCGUACUCAGUCCGUACAGGCUAUAAAUUUAACAGAAAUGCCUGUUAGAGGGGAUGGUUUGAAAAGGGUGUCCUCAGAACCUUUACUUUCUGCCCAGGAAAAAGGUGUGCUACUGAAAAGGAAGUUGUCCCUCUUAGAACAGGAUGUGAUAAUAAAUGAAGAUGGAAAAAAUAAGCUCAAAAAACAAGGAGAAGCUCCCAAUGAAGUCUGUAUGUUUGCAUUAGCUUAUAGUGACAUCCCUGAAGAAUUAAUAGAUGCCUCAGAUUUUGAGUGCUCUCUCUGCAUGAGGUUGUUUUUUGAGCCAGUAACAACCCCUUGUGGACAUUCAUUCUGUAAGAAUUGUCUUGAGCGAUGUUUAGAUCAUGCACCAUAUUGUCCACUUUGUAAAGAAAGCUUAAAAGAGUAUCUAGCAGAUAGGAGGUACUGUGUCACACAACUGUUGGAAGAAUUAAUAGUGAAGUAUCUGCCUGAUGAACUGUCUGAGAGAAAAAAAAUAUAUGAUGAAGAAACUGCUGAACUCUCACACUUGACCAAGAAUGUUCCAAUAUUUGUUUGUACUAUGGCCUACCCCACUGUGCCUUGCCCUCUUCAUGUAUUUGAGCCGAGAUACAGGUUGAUGAUUCGAAGAAGUAUACAGACUGGAACCAAGCAAUUUGGGAUGUGUGUCAGUGAUACACAAAAUGGUUUUGCAGAUUAUGGAUGCAUGUUACAAAUUAGAAAUGUUCAUUUCCUUCCUGAUGGAAGGUCAGUGGUUGAUACAGUUGGAGGAAAGCGUUUUAGAGUUUUAAAAAGAGGAAUGAAAGAUGGAUAUUGCACUGCAGACAUUGAGUAUCUGGAAGAUGUUAAGGUUGAGAAUGGAGAUGAGAUAAAGACCCUGCGAGAGCUUCAUGAUUUGGUGUACUUUCAAGCCUGUAGCUGGUUUCAGAAUUUAAGAGACAGAUUUCGAAGCCAAAUCCUUCAGCACUUUGGAUCAAUGCCUGAGAGAGAGGAAAACCUUCAGGCAACCCCUAAUGGACCUGCUUGGUGUUGGUGGCUUCUUGCUGUUCUUCCCGUAGACCCUCGAUAUCAGCUGUCAGUGUUGUCAAUGAAGUCUUUGGAGGAGCGGUUGACGAAGAUACAGCAUAUACUGACCUAUUUUUCUAGAGACCAAUCGAAGUAACUGUGCUUGGAUCUUAAAGUUACUCUGAUCUGGCUGUGUUGAUGGCCAGAUUAUCCGCUGCCUUUGCACAUCCAGUGCUGGUUUAAGAAAUGUAAUGAAAUGGUUUUUUGUUUCCUUCAACCUCCUGAAUCUUGGAUCUGCAAAUGAAUACCUUCAACUAGGAUUUAGACCACUAAUAACUUGCACAGUAAAACACACACUGAAUGUGUGUCAAACCUCUACAUUGUGAUGAAGUUGCACUAUGUAUCAUACUCUUAAAAUGAACUAAAUGCUUUGUGUAUGUAUGUAGUGUGUGUGUGUGUAUGUGUGGUUGUGUGUGUGUGUAUGCGUGUGCACGUGUGCGUUCACAUGUGUGAGUAGUAUGUGUGCUUUUUCUCUGGCUUUAAAAUUUUAAAAGAAAAAAAAAAAGCCAUAGAGAGCAGAACUUGCUGAGGGCCAUUUAUUGCCCAUGUUUACAACAGUAGCGAUACAAGUUUUUGCAAAUUGAAUUUGCCUCAGAUUUAUCUGUCCUAAUGCUUUUAUUUGCACAAGUAUGUAAAAUAUGGUACCGAGUGUCAUUUUUUUGUUGGAAAUACUGCUCUUGCUGAACUGUCUUGACCAUUGACUAUGACACAGUUUCUUGUUUAUGUAAAUACUUGCAUCCCAGUGCUCCGCAGACAUUGGAUGCAAAAACCUAGAGCCAGUUUUCAGGAACAAUUGCAAACCUGACAUGGUACUGUGCAUCUAUUCAUAUAACACUUAAAACUGUGAAAAUAUGGUUUACAUUAAUUGUACAUAAAGGUAAGUGGAGAACUUGAUUCAGUAGCAGUUAGCUUGUACAUUUGUAGGGGCUUCUCGCAUUAACUGCCCAUCUAUGUAAUUUAUAGUUUGACAUAAUGUGUUUGUUUAAAAAAAUUACAUAGUAUAAACUCACUAAGGAUCUGAGGGAAGAAAAGAAGCUUAAUGUAGAACUAAGCUCUUACAGUUUGUUUUAUUUUAUUAAUUCUGGUCUUGGUGCAGAUGUUAGUUAUGCCUUAUUCAUAUCACAAUUAGGUCACCAUGCUGUGGCAUGGUAUGUACUCAUGCUGCCCUAGAUACUUUUGUAAUUAUUUGUUGCAAACUUGUGACUCUCCCUAUUAACUUUCUUUUAUGUAAGUACUUUGUAAAAGUUUCUUAAAAUUUUUGCUUUUGCUUAUUUAAUUUUGAAUAAAAGCUAAAUUCAUAAUUUUUUUCUUAAAUUUUAGAUCGGUUUCAAAAAAGACUAUUAAAUGCUUACUAUGAAGGUAACUAGAAUAAAUGAAGAGUUUACCUAUGUAUUCCUCAAAAUGUAUCAGGUAGCAAAAAGAGUUACAUGGUGUUGUAUCCAGAUCUUCAAUGUAUAAUGGAUGUGUGUGUACACUUGA